AUGAUUCCAACCACUAUCGUCGAGGAAUUGAGAGACUGUCGUGGAUUUAUCAAUGAAGCGGCGCUGGACGUGAAAUUCAAUGACUUGUUCAGAGAGAAGGUGCUCGAAGAACAUCAGAAAGGAAAGUGUAACUUUCCAGGGUGUGAUGGAGUUUCGACAUCACUCAAAGUACUACCUCAAGAUGAUCAGUUUCCCGAGUUCCUAUUCAUACAAGAUGGUGCAAACUUUGUCUCUGGACGAACAGCAGGAAACAAUGUUUACCUGUCUACGUAUAUCCACAUAUCACAGACUUCAAAAUACAAAUUGCACGGUAGAGUCUACUCGACUUGCUAUGAUGAUAUUGACAAUUGGAAACAGCAGCAAAUGAAGAUGCUCACCUCAGAUAUAGACGUGGCAGAGCGUCUUCUGAAAGAUAUCUCUAACACGGUGUAUGCAUGUUAUCGUAUUUGCCAGAUCAGAAAAAAGAUCCGCAUGAAUAAAAGCUAA